AUGGCUCCCUUGUCCUCCCAGUCCUACGUUUUUGAUCCUAGGCCCAGUUACCCCCUUGUAUCGACCGUCAAGCGAUACUGGAAACCCUCCUCGCCGUUUCUUGAGGAUAACGACGCUCUGACCUUGAUAUUUGCUCAUGGAACAGGAUUUCACAAAGAACAAUGGGAACCUACCGUCGAGGACUUGUUCUCCCUUAUCGAAAAACGUGGCGGCCUUAAAAUCCGUGAGGUUUGGUCGAUAGACGCGUCUAACCACGGUGACGCUGCUAUAUUAAACGAAGAAGUUCUGCAAUGGGGUUAUGAAGAGACAUUUCGAUGGGAAGAAUACGCCCGCAGUAUACACGCACUGUUAAUGGGGUUAGGCACUGGUGUCGACGUGGACUUUACCAGCCGUUGUCUUGUGGGUAUAGGGCACUCAAUGGGAGCUGUAUCUCUGCUUUUAUCCUUAACGUUCAAUCCCCGUCCUACCUUCGAAUCUCUAAUCCUGGUUGAGCUGAUGACCAUGAACCAGGAGCAUAGCCGGGGUCCCGGAACAUUUCUCUCGAGCGCCUCCGGCAGCCGCAGAGAUACAUGGCCAUCAAAGGAGGAAGCCUAUGCCACUAUGAAAGGCCGAAAAGCAUGGCAGGUGUGGGACGAUCGAGUGCUACGACUUUUUGUGGAACACGGCCUUCGGUCACUACCUACGAUGGACUACCCAGACCAGGUCAACGGCGUCACUCUAAAAUGCUCUAGGAAGCAGGAGAUCGCCUGUUACCGCGACAGUUUAGGUAUUUCCCGAGCAUAUCGCGGUAUGGCGCAUUUCGUCAAGCUGCUUCCAAUACACCUGAUCUAUGGUGCUAUUGAUGACAUCCUGCCACCAGAGAUUAAAGAUGAUAUAAUUAACAACGCGUGUGGAGGCAUUGAGAAUCUGGCAUCUGUCUCCCGAGUCGAGGGUGGAGGACACCUAGUUGUUCAGAUGAACCCUACUGGUUUGGCAGAGAAGAUUUGGGCAGCUUUGACGUCGUCGAAAACUACGGCUCAAGCAAGACUUUGA